AUGCCUAGCCCCGUCUGGUCAGACAAAAGUGCAGCUACGCACGCAUUCAAUCCUAUACUAGCCAGUACCCACCAAGAUCCGAAACCACAAUCCCGAAACGCGAACUACAGAAUGCCACAUGGCUUCGACAAGCUCCUCCACCAUGACCCAGAGCCGCAAUCACCAUCACCCCCUCCACCACCCAGACGACCAUCCACCGAAUCCAGAUACCAUCUCCACAUCCGGCAACAGCCCAUCGCCGCACGAGCCUGUGGCGCAGGCGACAGAGACCGCCGCCCCGUCGACCCACCUCCAAUCGUGCAAAUCCUUCUUACCGACUUCGACUCGAACUCCCAGGAAGACCGAGAUCUCCUCCAAGACCCCCGCUUCACAGUGGGCUGUCUACUAUUCCCCGUCUCACCCUCUUUACCAUGGGCCGAGCCAACAGAAACACAUCCGCGCGAGCGCGACCAGAAUCGAGAUCAAGAUCGGAAUCGCGAUAGAGAACGAGAACGAGAACGAGAAAGAGAAAGAGAAACGGACGGCGUCGCCCGUACAGACGACAACUUCUCAACCCCAUUACUGUCCGGCAAAGCCUUCAUGUCCCCCUUCUACGUCGACGCCGACCCAGACCCCAACUCCGCACCCGCACACCCUUCCUCCAUAACCGAUCCCCAUCUAGACAACCCCCCUCACCACGCCUACAACAAUGCCGCCUCGCGCCUCCACCAACCAGCUACCUUUUUCAUCUUUGCGGAUCUCUCGAUCCGCUCGGCGGGCCUCUAUAGGCUCCAGUUCCGAUUGAUGAAUUGGGGCUCUGUUGAGGAUACGGGGCAGUCGAUGCCGAUUCUUGCGGAGGCAUGGUCUGAUCCGUUCCGUGUGUAUCCUGCAAAGGAUUUUCCGGGGAUGAGGGAUUCGUCGAUUCUUGCCGAGGGGUUGAAAGAGCUUGGGUUUGUAGAGUUGAAGACGAGGGGGCAUGGGAAGGGAAAGGGGAAAAAGAGGCGGUGA